AAUGUCACGUUCAUACAUACUUAAAUUACGAAUUCAAAGAAAAAAUAUACAUAUGUAUCGGCUUAAAUUAAAUAAAGACUAAAACUGUGAUUAUUAAAGAAAUACUGACGACAAAUAUGGAAGCAGACGAUACUCUUGAAAUUGACACUGUAUGGCGGGAAAUAAACCCACGUGGGAAAUUUCAAAUGUUCCAAAUGUUCCUUAUUCUUUUGGAUUAUAUGCCUGCUUGUUUUGCCAUCCUCAGCGCCGUUUUGACUGGAUAUAUACCAGACCAUGAAUGUAAAGUUCCACGUAAUUAUGAUAAUGUGACGUCACUGUAUGGUAACUCAACGUACAAAGCCAAUCAAUGUUCAUAUGAUGUUUACGUACGUAGUGGAAAUACUUCAGUUUUCGUUGAGGAGAAGGAAUGUGAACAUUAUGUGUAUUCGAAAACAUUAACUUAUGCUUCCGAGUGGGACCUAGUAUGCGAUCGGACCAACCUCGCUGCUUUGGCGCAAUCCUUGGUUCUUGGCGGACAAGGUCUUGGGGCACUUACUAUGUCCCAUAUAGCCGACAGGUUUGGUCGGAAAAUAGUUCACGUGCUCUCACACUUGGGGGUCAUGGCGUCAAUGAUCUUGAUGGCAUUUUCUAGCAACAUCUACAUGUUGCUUGCACUAAGACUUAUUACCGGAACAUUUCAACAGGGAAUUGUGUGCACCGGAAAGAUCCUAGCUUUAGAGUUAUUUCCACGAGAGUACCGUUCUCACACUGAAGCAUCAACUUUUACUGGUUGGUCAGUGGGAAUCAUGGUGUUGGCGCUUGUAGGGUAUGUUUUCCGUGACAUUGAUUGGCGAUAUCUCCAGAUUGCAUUAGCUUCGGUGUCUGUAUACGCCUUGUUUGAAUGGUGGAUGCUGGAGGAGUCCAUAAGAUGGCUAAUGACUAACGGGAAAGUAGAAGAAGCGAAGAAAAUACUCCGGAAAGCUACAAAUUGGAACAAAGUUGAUUAUGGAAAGGUAGAAAAUCUUCCGUACUUCGCUGAAGCAAAUAUGGAAAAAUCGAACUCGAUUGACACGGAGUUGGAUUCGAUUGAAAACACUGAUGAUGACGCAACUAAAAAUGAGAAGGCAAAGCGUCAUAGAGUACAUGCUAAGAAAUACAAUGCUUUAGAUAUACUUAGAAACCCAGCACUCCGAGUAAAUACUUUCAUACUGUGGUAUGCAUGGAUCGUAGCCACUGCGACAUACUAUGGUUUGACACUAGUAUCCACUCAUCUAGCCGGGGACAGAUUUGUGAACUUCUUCUUAAGUGGUGUAUUCGAGGUCCCACCACUGCUAAUGGAAUUCUAUCUAUUUAAUAAAAUUGGCCGUAAGAGAACAAUGAUUCUAUGGUUUGCAACAGCAGGACUGUCACUCGUCAUUUCAACGGCUUUACUCACUAUAUUUAAUGACAAUGACAAUGCUAAAACAGCUUCGACAGUAUUUUCUCUAAUCGGGAAAUCUGCUAGUACAGGAUGUUUCAGUACUGUGUUCUUGUACACACCUGAAAUUUAUCCUACAAAUUACAGAAAUAGCGGUCUUGGCAUCGCCUCAUCUAUUGCACGUAUUGGCGGAAUAUUGGCUCCCUUUGCAAGUAAUCUGGCACUAAUUGCUCUCUGGAUUCCUGGUGCGAUAUUUAGUGGCAUGUGCCUGUUGGUUGUUGUUCUAGCAGUUCGGCUUCCGGAAAGUACGGCGCACGAAUUACCCACAACAAUUGCAGAAUGUAAUAAAAUGGACAAAGACAAAACAGCAUCUUUGAAAUACAAAGUUAAAUCUGACGAGAACAUUGUAACAUCCGAUCAGGAUAAAGAUGAAAAUUCUGAAAAAUAUAAUGAAAAUACUCUUUAUACAACAAGACUUUGGAUUUUCGUCAUAAAGUUAAUAAUAAAUCAUCUUGAAUAUUUUCUUCUGAAAAGAAACCACGGGGAAAUGGGCCAGGAGAAAGGUGUAACAGAAUUGGACGCCGUUUGGCGCACACUAAAACCAUGGGGGAAAUAUCAGUGUUUUCAGUUGUUUCUGAUACUUUUGGAUUUUAUUCCUGCAUCAUUUGCAAUACUUAGUGCCGUUUUUACAGGUUUUAUUCCUGAGUAUUCAUGUGAAGUGCCCUCGGCUGAUAGUUCAUACAAUGCUAAUGUCAGUUACAACGCCCACAAAUGCCACUAUGACGUCAUCAGUCUCGAGACGAAUGAAACCGAUUCCAAAACAUGCAGCAGAUUUUAUUUUGAAAAUGAAAACUCCUACGCAUAUGAGUGGAAUCUGGUUUGUUCACGAGCUAACUUAGCCGCCCUUGCCCAGUCUCUCGUGCUAGCAGGACAAGGUAUUGGUGCUCUGAUCAUGUCUCAUUUAUCUGAUCGAUUUGGACGGAGGACAAUUCACGUGCUAUCACAUGUUGCUGUGUUAUGUUGUAUGAUCAUCAUGGCCUUCUCUAAAAACAUAUACAUGUUGCUUGCCAUGCGCUUGAUUACAGGAACGUUCCAACAGGGUAUAGUGUGCACAGCUAAAACCCUUGCUCUUGAGAUAUUUCCAAAGGAGGCACGUGCUCAUACCGCACCUGCUGGUUUCAUCACGUGGGGUAUGGGUUUGAUGUUUCUUUCCUUGUACGGAUACAUUUUCCAGGACAUCAACUGGCGUUACCUUCAGAUAGCCAUCGCCGCCUUCUCCCUAUAUGCACUAGCCGAAUGGUGGAUGAUGGAUGAAUCAGUCCGCUGGCUUUUAUCAAACGGGCGAUUGGACGAAGCAAAGAAGAUCUUAAAGAAGGCAGCACGAUGGAACAAGAUUGAUUACAAGCAGGUGGAAGCUGUUCUAAACGAAAGUGUUCAUCUAACGGAUAGUGGAAGUGAAAGUUCGGACGAAAACCUUCACGACAAGGAAAUGAAGACGUUUACAAACGGGUUACUGGCGGAGGAAAAGAGGGAAAAUGACAUGAAGAUUCAAGCUGUGAAAAAAUAUAAUGUUAUUGACAUUCUUAAGAAUCCUUCGCUCAGGGUGAACACCUUCAUCUUGUGGUAUACUUGGAUUGUGGCGACUGGGACGUAUUACGGCCUUACUCUAGUUUCAUCCCAUCUUGCUGGUGACCGGUUCAUUAAUUUCUUCCUCAGUGGCGUUAUUGAAAUCCCCUCGCAAGUGAUUAGCUUCUUUCUUCUUAAUAGAAUUGGACGUAAAUGGACAAUGAUCCUGUGGUAUGCUGUAUCAGGGAUUUCGUUAAUAAUAGCUACAGUUCUUCUAACUGUUUUCGAUAACAAUGUAGCCGCUAUAGUUGCUACUGCCUUCUCGUUGAUUGGAAAGUCGGCUAUUACGGGAUCUUUUAGCAUUGUCUUUCUGUACACCCCAGAAAUAUAUCCUACAAACUAUAGAAAUAGUGGGCUUGGAAUUUCUUCAUCAAUUUCAAGAAUAGGUGGAAUAUUGGCACCAUUUAUAAGCAACUUGGCGCUGAUUGCGAUGUGGAUUCCUGGUGCAAUAUUUGGUGGAAUGUGUCUCCUGGUUGUACUCUUGGCAUUGCGGCUUCCGGAAAGUGCCACGCAUGAAUUACCCACAACAAUUGCUGAGUGUGAUACCUGGGAGAAAGAUAUACCGAAGAAUAACAAGAUUUGAAAUAAAUUUUCUUAUUUCAUCUCUAAGUGCAUUAGAAUGAAAUGAAAGACAUGGGAUUAUUUUACGUAUCUGUAUCUGAAAAUUAGAAUUGAUCUUGAUUAUUUCCUGGUCACGGCACCGUUCACAAACACUAGUCUAAGCAUUGAAGAGUCGAUUUUGGUCAAUCUCAUGUUUCAUAUGGAACAUCCUAGAAGUUCAUAAAAGCUCGUUUAGUGUUAGUGUCAAGAUAUGUUUUAGUUUUUAUCUUUUUUAAGAUAUCAGCUGUCGUUAAGAUAAUUUUAUGACAGUGAUGAAUCAUUUAGACAUUAUUUUGUAAAUUUCAUCUUUGUGUAUUUUUCUGAAUAAAG